GCUUCAUCAUUCAUGACUUACAUUUGUUUAUCAUGUGGCAGCUAUAAUAUAUACUCUCACUAGAUGUUCAUCAGGCUAAUGUCAUACUUAAAGUCUUUUAUUCCUAAUCAUUGACCAACUUGUUAGCUUAAGUUCCAUACCUUUCUUCAACUCAAGGAAUCUCAUCCCUUGUGCUAGUUUGGUAUCAUGGGACAAGAAACCAAAACACUUUCCGAUGAAUAUGAAGUGACAAAUAUAUUGGGGAGAGGUGGAUUCUCCGUUGUGAGAAAAGGGAAAAAAAGGUCGACAGCUGAUUCAGAACACAGCCAUGUAGCCAUCAAGACACUGAGAAGGAUGAAAUCGUCAGAUUCAUCAGGACAGAUGCAACUAAAGAAUCGAGCCUUUCCUUCCUUCAAACAAGUUUCUGUCUCUGACGCAUUGCUGACGAAUGAGAUCCUGGUGAUGAGGAAAAUUGUGGAAGAUGUUUUGCCUCAUCCAAAUGUUAUCCAGUUAUAUGAUGUAUGCGAAGACUUUACUGGAGUUCACUUAAUACUUGAGCUUUGCUCUGGUGGUGAGUUAUUUGACAGGAUUGUGGCUCAGUCAAAGUACAGUGAGGUCGAAGCUGCAGCUGUGGUUCGCCAAAUUGCAGGUGGAUUAGCUGCGCUUCAUCAAGCCAAUAUAAUCCAUAGGGAUUUGAAGCCUGAAAAUUGCUUGUUCUUGAAUGAUUCUAAAGACUCUCCCUUGAAAAUCAUGGACUUUGGGUUGAGCUCCGUGGAAGAAUUUACCGACCCUGUUGUUGGUUUGUUUGGCUCCAUUGAUUAUGUUUCACCAGAGGCUCUUUCACAAGGAAAAAUCUCUUCUAGAAGCGAUAUGUGGUCACUUGGUGUGAUUUUAUAUAUCCUUCUCUCAGGAUAUCCUCCUUUCAUUGCACAAUCAAAUCGUCAGAAGCAACAAAUGAUAAUGGCGGGGGAGUUUAGCUUUUAUGAAAAGACAUGGAAAAACAUUUCAUCGUCAGCCAAGGAUUUAAUUUCUAGUCUAUUAGCAGUUGAUCCUCAACGAAGACCAAAUGCAGAAGAGGUUCUUCAGCACUCAUGGGUCAUUGGAGAUUCAGCCAAUGAGGGAGAAAUUGAUCCAGAGAUUGUUACACGGCUGCAUAGGUUCAAUGCACGACGCAAGUUGCGUGCAGCUGCAAUAGCUAGCAUGUGGAGCAGCACCAUUUUUUUGAGGACAAAAAGGCUAAAAACUUUAGUAGGUACAUAUGAUCUUAAGCCUGACGAACUUGAGAAUCUCAACAUACAUUUCAGGAAAAUAUGUGCAGACGGCGAAAAUGCCACACUAUCCGAAUUUGAGAAGGUUCUGAAAGCUAUGAAAAUGUCAUCACUGAUUCCUCUGGCACCUCGUAUAUUUGAUCUAUUUGACAACAACCGCGAUGGUACUGUAGACAUGAGGGAGAUACUUUGUGGAUUUUCUAGCUUAAGGAACUCUCAGGGAGAUGAUGCACUCCGUCUUUGCUUUCAGAUGUAUGAUACAGAUGGAUCAGGUUGCAUUAGUAAAGACGAAGUAGCAUCGAUGCUGAGAGCUUUGCCUGAUGAAUGCCUACCUGCAGAUAUCACAGACCCCGGAAAGCUUGACGAAAUAUUUGAUCUAAUGGAUGCUAACAAUGAUGGAAAAGUAAGUUUUGAUGAGUUUAAAGCAGCAAUGCAAAGAGACAGUUGUUUGCAGGACGUAGUUUUAUCUUCCCUCCGUCCGACAUAGUCAUGGUGUGUUGUCAUUUUGUAAUGCGUCAUUUUCUCAACACUCAUAAGCUCAGGUUCAUUUAAUUGCAAACAAUAUUGGAGAAUGAUAAGCAGCAUUCGAGCUUUCUCUUUGGCCAA